CCCUCCCCGGCGCCCGAUCUUCCCGCCGCGCGGCUCUGGGCUGGGGGUGCCCGGCGCCCCCGCCCUGCAUUGUCCCUGCUGCAGCGCCCCCUGCCGGCCACCGUGCUGCGCUUUCAGGGGCCCGCGGUGCCCUGGCAAAGGCCGUUGAGCCCAUCACUGAGUUCCCCGACGCUUCCGUGACCGCGCGUGCGGGUAUAUGCACCCAAAUGCACUUGCCCUUGGAGGCCAGAAGAGGGCAUCAGGUUCCCUGCGUCUAGAGUUAAAGGUAGUUAUGAGCCACCGAGCGGCCGUGAGCUGAACACCCUGUUCUAAGUGCUCCUGUCAUGAUACCGCUACAAGCCUGAAGCCACGCGGCCCAGUGGGCACGGAAACUUUGAAACCGUGGGCCAGGACCAAUCUUUCCUGUCUCUAAGAUAUUUAUCCCAGUGUGGAAGGCUAUCUCUGGGACUACCGCUCCUUCUGAACCAUGGUGCCGUGGCUGUGGAAGGGGCUGAUAGGCAUCGGCCUCUUCGCGCUGGCCCACGCUGCCUUUUCGGCUGCGCAGCAUCAUUCGCACGCGCGACUAACGGAAGAGGGGGGUGAGUCGCUGCCGGCGGACAUAGUUCUGCAGACGCUGUUGGCCUUUGCGGUUACCUGUUAUGGCGUAGUUCAUACGGCAGGGGAGUUUAAGGACAGGGAUGCCACUUCAGAACUAAGGAGUAAGACGUUUGACGCCUUGAGGAGUCGCCCGUCUUUUUAUGUGUUUCGUCGUCGUGAUGGCCGUGGACUGUCCCAGCCUUCGGAUACAGCUCGUUCUUCAAACAUCAGCGCAUCGUCUUCUGACAUACUGUUGAAGUUUUGAAGUUCAGCUUUUUACACAUCAAGUAAAUAGAACAGAAGCAGACUUAAGAACUGGGAUUUGGAAUGUAAAACCCCCUAUAUAUCAGUAUUUUAGUGAUAUUUCAGACUUAAUUAAAAAAAAAAACUAUAACCAAAUAGCAAACAAACAAAAAUCAAAAAGCUCUUUCUCUUAGGUAUCCCGUGACAGCUGUAGGAAGCUGACCAGCUGUGAGGUGAUUUGGGGUGAGGUGAACAUUGGAGCCUCAGCUCGAGUAAAGCAGAGUGCUUUCAAUAAUGCAAGUGGACCUAAGCCAGUCCAGGGGCUGAGUGAAACCUGAAGGCUUAGUAAGGAAGACAUACUCCCGCGUGCUUGAGCUGAGACAUUGGUCUUCCUCUGGCUCUGUCCUCGAAACCCAAACGUCAGCCCUUGCAUGUUGAACCUGCUGGUCUCUCAGACUUGCAUUGGACUCUGCUGGGCUCUGCCUGCUGACUCCAGUCUUGAGGGACCUGUAGCUCCUCACAGUGUGCGGUCCAGUUCUUCAUUGCCACUCUUACCACAGGCUUCUCCUAGGCUCUCAGACUGAUGAGCUGGAGGCUCUGGGAGCCAUAAGCUCCAAGAUGAUGAUCUUCCAUGCUGUGUGAAGAGGCCUGACUGUGAAGGAGAGAAGGAAGCCAGCAUUCCCGGAACAGUGGGGAUGAGAGAUGGAACGAGCCUUGCCCCCCCAGAGCAGCCAUUCCUGUGGCCGGUUCCAUGUGUCAUUUGCUAUGGUCUGGCUAAACUCCCACUUCCCUUUUGUGCUUGUGGUUCCAUAUGAGACUCUGCCAUCUGCAACUGUGUUAGGUUUGUCAGAGGACAAGACUCAACAGGGGUACGUGUUUGUGUAAAACUGUCCCCUGGUGUCUACAGAGCAGUCUACAACCGUCGACAGGAACCAAAAUCCUCCAGUGCUCAAGAAGUUUGUUUUUAGAAAAUGACAUAGUAUUUGCCUAAAACCCAUGCCUACCCUUCCAGUACUUUUAGUCAUUGCUAGAUUACAUGUAAUACCUAAUGCCAUGUAAAUUCUGUAAAGAGUUGUCAUGCUGCGUUGUUUAGGGAAUAAUGAUAAAGAAACGUCUGCAUAUGUUUAGUACAGAUGGAAUCCUCCCCCCCCCCCAUUUUUGGUUAGCAGUUGGUUGUGUCUGUGUUUGGUUUGUUUACCUGUCCUUAUACUCCACUUCUACAAGAAUGUCACCUCCCUGAGGGCCAGAUCCUGUUCGUCUUGGUUCCUUGUGGUGUCCCCCAUGCCCAUCAGAGUGCUUGGUGUACCCUUGCUUGUGGUAUGUUGGAGGGGGAAGGUGUGUGUAUGUGUGUGUGAGAGAGAGACAGAAACAGAGACACUGACAGAGCAGAGAGAGAGAGAGAGAGAGAGAGAGAGAGAGAGAGAGAGAGAGAGAGAGAGUGUUCUAGACUAAUCUGGAACUCAAUAUAUAUAUAGCAGGCUGGUCUUGAACUAACACAGAUCCGCCUGCCUCUGCCUCAAGUACUGGGAUUGAAGGUAUGCACCACCAUACUUGACUUAUUUUCAAGUUGACCUAUUUAUCAAGAGAGGCUCAAUUUACUCUGGGAAUCCCAAUUUUGAAGACCCCCUGUUGGUUGGUCUGCAGCAUUUACCACUGUUGCUGCUCCUUCCUGUCUGGAAUUUUCUGCCCUUGGCUUCUGUGAUGCAGUAAAGGAAAACCUGUAUUUGGUACCUUCUUCCUUUGACAUCACCUCUCAGAGAUUUUCUUCCUCCUCCAAAUGCCAUAGGGCCUUCUGACCUGUUUGUGGCCAUCUCCCCAUUCUAGGACACCUGUCUUAUUUCCUUUCCGAUUGUGGCAGAACACCAUGGCCAAGACAACUUAUAAAAAGAAGUGUUUAAUUGGGUUUACGGUUUCAGAGGGUUGGCGUCCAUGGUGGCAGAGCAAAGGCACGGUGGCACGAACAGCUGAGAGUUAACAUCAUGAUCGACAAGUACAAGGCAGAGAGAAACACACACACACACACACACACACACACACACACACACACUCUGGGAAUGGUGCAAAUCUUUCAAAACUCAAAGCUACUGCUAGUGACACACCUCCAUCAAGGCCACACCUCCUAAUCCUUCCCAGAUGGUUUUUACUGGGGAUCAAGUAUUCACACUUAUAAGCCUAAGGGGCCAUUCUUAUUCAGACCACAAAGUUAACACUGUUGGGCUCAGUUGCCCUCUUGUGGGCUGGGCCUUGACUGUUUAGUUGGUGCACAUUCCUGUCCUUUGGCAACAUGCAUUGGCCUCUGACUCCAUUUGCGUGGAAUGGAAGCAGUGUUCUCCCCUGACUUGUAUCUUGUUUCCCUUCCCCCAGGAUUUUAAAGGGGAGCCACGACCUGUCAGAUCUACAUUCUCUGCCUCUCUGUGGGACUCUGCCCCAUUCAUCCAGGCAAUCCUUGUUUAGUACAAGGCUGUAUCAUUUAACAUCUCAUAGACAUAACCUAUGUUAUAAGUAUAAUCCCAUCUCCCUUAGUUGUACAGUCCUAGAAUGGUCAGAAUGGUCUUCUGUUGCACAGCACUGUAAUACUUUUGACUUCAGCCUUCCAACACCUGGAUACCAUGAAUAAAAAUUAAGCCCAAAUCCUCAUCAUUGGAGUUCCUUCACAGCCAAACUCCUUCCCACUUCUUCAGCCUCCUCUCCAUCCCAUGCACGGUACACUCCACGUCCUCAGGACACUUGCAGGUGCUUGGUGUGCCCAGUGUGUCAGGCUGCUUCCUUUCCACAGAAAGCCUCUUGUGAAGGUUAGUUUUAAAUGUCAGCUUGCCACGAAUUAGAAACACCUGGGGAGAGAACUGCACUUGCGUGCCUUUAUCAGAUUUGUCUGGGGGGGGGGAGGGGGCAGGGAUUGACUUGAUUGUUAACUGAUUAGGAAGAGAGCCCACGAUAGGUUUCCUAGGCAGGGGUCCUGAAUGACGUAGGACAGGAGAGUAGAUGAGAGGAAGCAGGCGACGUGGGUAUACUUUUUUCUCUGUUUCUGACGGUGGGUGUGAUGUGAUUGUCCUUAACUUCUGCUCUGUUGCAGUGGGUUCUGAGUUGUCAACCCUUUCUCUCCUUAGUUGCUUUUCAUCAGGAAGUUUUCUCAUACCAAUAGAAAUGAAACUAGAACACUCCAUUGGUUUAUUAGGGCUGAUAAAGUGCCACAGACUAGGUGACAAGAAUUGAGAAUUAGUUUUCAUUAAUUCUGGAGGCCAGGAGUCAAGAUCAAGGAGUUGGCUUUGGUCCUUCCUCCAAGGAUUCUCUGGUUGACUUGUAGGUGGAUGUUUUCUCCUUUGUCUUCACAUAGACCUCCCGUUGUGUCUUUGUCUCCUGUUGUCCUCUUCAUAAGGUUCCCACCCUUACCAGUGACCUCAUUUUAGCAUGAUUACGUCCUUAAAGACACUCAUAAUCUUAGGUAGGUUCUAGGGAUUGGACGGCAAUGUGUAACUUUUGGGGGACCUCUGUUCAGCCUGUGUAAUGUGCCUCCUCCUGACCUCCCAAAAUGUAAUUGUCAUAGGCAAAUAUAUUCAGCCCAUUCUCACAACCACUGAUAUCCUAACUCUUUCCUGUAUCAGCUUUAAGUUCAAUAUCUCAUCUAAAUCGUGUGUUGGAUAAACUCCCAAUAGCUCACCUAAAUCGUGUGUUGGAUAAACUCCAAGUAU